UUGGGUAUAAAGUUAUAAACGUUGGCAUUGGGAAAGAGAAAAUUUAAUCCGAGGGAGGGUACAUCCACCAUUGCCGACAAAUUCUGUAUCUCGUGGUCGUCUUCUUCCUUUUGCUCGUUUCUUCUUCUGUAUAUCUUCCACUAUUCUGGUCGUAAAAUUUCUGUGCCUGCAAGCCAAUUCAUACGUACAUAGAAGAAUGGUUAUUCGGGUUUCAUUGGGUUCAGCAUAGAAGUUUGGUUCUAUUGUUUUCUUUACUGGAAGAGGGAAGAUGAAGAUGAGUAUGAAGACAUGGAUGAGAAAACCAGUGCUAGUGUUGCUUUUUGUAACGGUUCUUGCCCCCAUUGUUCUUUACACUGAUAGACUCGCUACAUUUUCUUCCUUUUCUAUAGAUGAAUACGUUUCGGAACCUUCAACACUUUCGCUGAAUCGUGAUGUCAGGUCCCAAAAUUUACUUCCUCAGGAGUUAUCUGCAGCAAAAGAAGAGACAGCGAGUGAUGUUUAUUUGGGAAAAUCGACUAGAUCUAUUCAACUUCUUGAUGGUGAAAGGUCCAGGAAAACUAGACAGCUUAAUGAAGAAUCGCAUGAACAUGACGCAAUUGUCAUCAGGCAAGUGACACAAGGAUUUCACGAAGCUGAUCACACUGACAACAGACAUGAAUCGACUGAAAACCAGAAGUUGAAGGCGUCUGAGCAUAAAUUGUUAUCCACUGAAGCUGAAACCAAAAAAGAGGGAAAAUCCAUUGAACCUGCAAAAACCAAAAGCAAGAAAGCAGAUGAACAUGUUUUAACAGAUACCCGUGUUAAGUAUCUGAAGGAUCAGUUGAUUAGGGCAAGAGUUUACCUUUCCCUUUCAGCAACAAGAACAAAUACUCAAUUUAUUAAGGAACUUCGGUUACGUAUGAAGGAACUUCAAAGAGCACUUGGUGAUGCAACCAAGGAUGCAGAUCUACCAAAGAAUGCGAAUGAGAAGCUGAAAGCAAUGGAGCAGACACUGGCAAAAGGGAAGCAAAUACAGGACGAUUGCACUGCUGUUGUAAAGAAACUGCGUGCCAUUAUUCACUCUACAGAAGAACAGCUGCGGGUCCACAAGAAACAGGCCUUGUUUCUGACUCAUUUAACUGCCAAAACUGUUCCAAAGGGUCUCCAUUGUCUUCCCUUACGCCUUUCAACCGAAUACUAUUCUCUUGAUUCUUCUGCUCAACAAUUCCCAAAUCAAGAAAAACUACAUCACCCCAACCUCUUCCACUAUGCAUUGUUUUCGGAUAAUGUGUUGGCUACUGCUGUAGUUGUCAAUUCAACCGUUUCCAAUGCAAAGGAUCCUUCAAAACAUGUGUUCCACAUUGUGACAGAUAGGCUGAAUUACGCAGCAAUGAGAAUGUGGUUUCUUGCAAAUCCAGCUGGCGAGGCCACAAUACAAGUUGAAAACAUCGAGGAAUUCACAUGGCUGAAUGCAAGUUACAGCCCUGUCUUAAAGCAAUUGGGUUCACAGAACAUGAUCGAUUAUUAUUUCAAAACACGAAAAUCCGAGUCCGAUUCCAAUCUGAAAUUCAGAAACCCAAAGUAUCUGUCAAUCAUGAAUCAUCUUCGGUUUUACCUUGCGGAGAUAUUCCCAAAGCUUAGUAAAGUGGUGUUCUUGGAUGAUGAUAUUGUGGUGCAAAAGGAUUUGAGUGGUCUUUGGUCUAUUGAUUUGAAAGGGAAGGUGAUUGGUGCUGUUGAGACAUGUGGGGAGAACUUCCACCGGUUUGAUCGAUACCUCAACUUCUCAAAUCCUCUGAUUGCUACAAAUUUCAAUCCACGUGCGUGUGGAUGGGCGUAUGGAAUGAAUGUAUUUGAUUUGGAGGAAUGGAGGAAGCAAAACAUCACUCAGGUUUAUCACUCGUGGCAAAAGUUGAAUAAUGAGAGACAACUGUGGAAGCUGGGGACGCUGCCACCUGGCUUGAUAACAUUUUGGAAACGGGUAUACCCGUUGGAGAGGACAUGGCAUGUACUUGGGCUUGGGUAUAACCCGAGUGUCAGCCACAGGGAGAUUGAAAAAGCUGCUGUGAUUCACUACAACGGGAAUCUGAAGCCGUGGCUGGAAAUAGGGAUUCCAAAGUUUCGAGGGUAUUGGAAUCGGUUUCUGGACUAUGAUCAGGCUUACAUGAGGGAUUGCAAUAUGAGCCCUUGAUUAUUAGACAAUGGAGAAGCAAGUAUAUGUAUGUAGUAGUAGAUAUUCUUUUGUUUUCUCCAUACAUUAUUGUGUUGUAUCUUGUAAAUGAGCAAGAGAUUGAUGGUUUUAGAAGGUUUGUGCUCCGUGUGUGUAUUAGUAUAAAGUAUAAACAUUUUAGGCUUGAAUUGUUUUGGUGGAUCCUAAGAAAGGAUGAUGGGUAUGUUGUAUUUCCGUAUACCAUUUAUAUAUAUAUAUAUAUAUAU